AACUACUAUGGUCCAGUUCAAUGAACACGGAACGCUCAACUAAAACAGCCCUUUUCAGAUUAACAAAUUAACUCCGCUGUACAAGGAUUUGGCAGAACGGUUUCUUUGGACCUCCAUCUUCAGAUGGAAAAAUCAAGAAUCUCAGUCAGACCCUUCAAACUUUCUGAUGCAGAGGACUUCUUGACCUGGGCAAGUGAUGAUCAGGUAACACAGUAUCUGAGAUGGAACACAAUUUACACCAUCGAAGAAGCCUUGAAGUAUAUUCAGGAGGUUGCAAUACCUCAUCCAUGGCGCCGGUCCAUUUGCCUGGAUGACCGUUCGAUCGGAUACAUUUCAAUCAAGCCAGAAUCAGGCAGUGAUAGACACAGAGCUCAUGUUGGAUAUGCAAUUAGCAGUGAGUACUGGGGACAAGGAAUAGUCACUGUAGCAUUGAAAAUUGCCAUUUCUAGCGCGUUCAAAGAGUUCCCCUUUUUGGUAAGGCUUGAAGCAUUGGUGGAGGAAGAAAAUAAAGGGUCACAAAGGGUGCUAGAAAAGGUUGGUUUUCUGAAAGAAGGUUUUUUAAGGAAGUAUGGAUACAAUAAAGGUAAAAUAAGAGAUAUGAUAAUAUAUUGUUUCUUGGUUACGGAUAAUAUUUGGUUGCCUGAGGAUUCAGAUCAAGAUAGCUAGCCCUGCUGAAGAUGUGUUUGCAUUCUCUGGGAGAAAAUGGAAGAGCUUCAAGAAUGAGAUAUGGAUGUUGUACAGCAUUUGAAAAACAUUCAAAAUUCCGUUAGAUUACGAUUGGUUUCUGUCUAGUUAAUAAGGUAGGACCUUCAAGUUGUCUCUGACAUGACAUAUUUUUGUAA